CCAACCUCUACCUUCUGCAUAACCGAUAUACGUAGUGCACUGUGAAAAACAUGACUCGCCCAGACCCUUCUGAAGUCAAAGUUUUGGUGGUUUGCCUGGGAAACAUUUGCCGUUCACCGAUGGGCGAAGCUGUUCUAAGGCAUACAGCAAAGGAAAGAGGUCUUGAUAUUAAGGUAGACAGCGCGGGAACGGCUGGCUACCAUAUUGGCGAAGACCCAGACGAAAGGACAACGGCGGUUUGCAAGAAAAGAGGAGUUGCUAUUGACUGCCAAGCGCGUCAAGUCGCCACUUCCGACUUCAUCAACUUUACCCACAUUCUCGCUGCCGAUCAGAACAACCUCAAGCACCUCGAAUCCAUGAAGCCUGCAAAUGCAACAGCGACUGUACGUCUAUGGGGUUCCUACCUCGAUGGGAGACCCAUUCCAGACCCCUACUACGGCCGCGCAAGUGGAUUCGAUGACUGCUUCGAACAAUGCGUGAAAUUAUCCAAUGCCUUCCUCGAUGAUGUUUUCGGGAAAUCCGACUAGAUACCUUGGCCCUCUGAUGGUCGGAGGACGCCAUCCGUUUAAUGGUGGGUAGGCAUGUUGACGGAUGCUCGGUUGCCAAGGGCGUCUUCGGCCUUCCAUAGGCUGGUGAUGGUCUACAGGCAAAUGCGGUUAGGAUAUAGCUUGGACAGAAUAGGUGCCAGCGACUUGCCUUGUUCUGAGUGUAGAAGUUGAUACCGCUGUCGAUACUAUAUAAGUGGAAACAUCGAAUGAAAGACGAAUGGAAUACGCA